CAUUUUUCUUCUUUCAUAACUAUCAGAAACAAACACAAAUUAAAUCAAAGUUUCAUUAGUUUUAACCCCCCACAAAAAAACAUGGGUAGUGCAAAAUCAGCCAUGCUGAUCCUCUUAGUAGCAAUGGUCAUCGCAUCAUGUGCCACGGCCAUUGAUAUGUCCGUGGUUUCCUACGACGAUAACAACCGUCUCCAUAGCGUUUUCGAUGCUGAGGCCUCGUUAAUCUUCGAGUCAUGGAUGGUCAAACAUGGGAAAGUGUACGGGUCCGUUGCCGAGAAGGAACGGCGUUUGACGAUUUUUGAGGACAACCUCCGUUUUAUCAAUAACCGGAACGCUGAGAAUCUCAGUUAUCGGCUUGGUUUGACCGGGUUUGCGGAUUUAUCUCUUCAUGAGUAUAAAGAAGUUUGCCACGGGGCUGAUCCAAGACCUCCUAGGAACCACGUCUUUAUGACUAGUAGCGACCGAUACAAGACUAGUGCUGAUGAUGUGCUUCCUAAGUCAGUUGAUUGGAGAAACGAAGGAGCAGUGACUGAAGUCAAAGAUCAAGGCCAUUGCAGGAGUUGUUGGGCUUUCUCGACUGUGGGAGCAGUGGAAGGCUUAAACAAGAUCGUGACGGGAGAGUUAGUCACUUUGUCUGAGCAAGAUUUGAUCAAUUGUAACAAAGAAAACAAUGGUUGCGGAGGAGGCAAACUCGAGACUGCCUAUGAGUUCAUCAUGAAAAAUGGUGGUCUUGGUACCGACAACGAUUAUCCUUACAAAGCUGUUAACGGAGUCUGUGAUGGCCGCCUCAAGGAAAACAACAAGAAUGUUAUGAUUGAUGGGUAUGAAAAUUUGCCCGCAAACGACGAAUCUGCUCUCAUGAAAGCGGUUGCUCACCAGCCUGUGACUGCCGUUAUCGAUUCCAGUAGCCGAGAGUUUCAGCUUUAUGAAUCGGGAGUGUUUGAUGGCUCGUGUGGAACAAACCUAAACCAUGGAGUUGUUGUGGUCGGGUAUGGAACUGAGAAUGGUCGUGACUACUGGCUCGUGAAAAACUCUAGGGGCAUUACAUGGGGAGAAGCUGGCUACAUGAAGAUGGCUCGAAACAUUGCCAAUCCAAGAGGCUUAUGUGGCAUUGCAAUGCGAGCUUCAUACCCUCUAAAGAACUCCUUUUCUACCGAUAAAAGCUCCAUCGCCUAAUAAAAUGAGCUAAAUGUAUGUUAUGCAAAGGAUCCAGUGAGCCAGCAACCUAUUCGAUUGUGAAAUGAAAAAUAAUGUAGUCGAUGGGUUUUGUUUUGUAAUAUAUUUUGGAUUUGUAUGGAGGGCAAUGUUUGAAGUUUGUAUAAUAUUUAUGGAUAUUUCGUUAGGCUCUAAUUAUGAAUGCCUUCUUUUUAGGAAG